AUGGCCACGCAAAAACCGGGCGAGUGGGCCAACUCACUGUUGGCCCGGUUCGAGGAGCAGCUACCGUAUCGUACUGGUCCGCACGGAACGCAGGCCCGGCUCAGCAUCGACGAAACGAUGAACUGCUUGAUACAGAUCUCACGCUACCGCUUCUCGCUAGUCAUAUCCGGGCUCACGAAAAUGCUGCAGCGAGUCAACGAGAUUUUUAUUGUCUUACAGUUCCAGCCGCCGGCAUGUCGUGGCCACGAACCCGAACGCUGCUGCUACGAUUCGCUCAUCAUCAUCCUCGAGACGCUGGAGCGCUGCCUGUCCGGCCAGUCAAAGGAUACCGCCCGAUUCGAGGAGGCCAUGAAUGUGAAGUUGUUGCUGCGGGAGAUUUGUCAGUUCAUUGAUAUUCCAAAUGAAAAUAACCAAAAUGCCACCUCACUGAAGGCGCUAGCGUCGAAGGUGUUGUUUGCACUGUCCCAGAACCACUUCGGAGCGGUGUUCAAUCGGAUCUCGGCCCGCCUGCAGGAGCUGAGCACUUGUGCGGAAGAAAAUCCCGACUACAGCGACAUCGAGCUGAUCCAGCACAUCGAUCUGGACGUGCACCGGCUGACGAAGCUGCUGACGGAGACGAUACAGAAGUUUAAGUCGCUGAAAAAAUCGGCCCACAUGAUACUGCUCAGUUCGCUCGAGCGCGCACUGUGGAACUGGAUCGAGUUCCACCCGAAAGAGUUCGAGGACUUGCAGCGCAACCCGAACGAGGAGCUGAGCAAGUGUUGCGAGACGUUCUUCGACAUCCUGGAUUCGUACUCCGAGAACAAAAAGGCUCGGGCGGCCGUUUGGCCCCUGCAGAUCAUGCUGCUCGUGCUGAGCCCCAAGGUGCUGGAGGAGAUCGUGAACGCGGACACCGGUGCACCGUGCUCACCGCGGCACAUCAAAAAGAAACACUUCAUGGAGGGCAUCAAGAAAGGGCUGGGAGCGCACGCCUCCUCGAAGCAGUCCACCGAGUCGGCCGCCAUCGCCUGUGUGAAGUUGUGCAAAGCGUCGACCUACAUAAACAUUAACGACGCAAACAACGUUACCUUCCAGCUCGUGCAGAGUGUGAUCAACGAUCUGAAGGCGUUGCUGUUCAAUCCGGCGAAACCGUUCUCCCGCGGGCAGGGUUUCAACUUUCAGGACAUCGAUCUCAUGAUCGACUGUUGGGUGUCGUGCUUUCGUAUCAAACCGCACAACAACGAAGCGCUCAAGGUGUGCCUGAGCUUAAACUCUCCGCCAGCGUACCACUUCGUGAUCGUGAGCUCGCUGCUGAAGAUCGUCACGCAAGCCCGGCUUCCCUGGUGGCCACAGAUCGAUCUCGUGUACGCGCGGUCCGGUGAACUACGGGGACUGUUUACCGAUACGCUUAACAAGGCCACGCAGGGCUACAUCGCCCACACGCCGCUGCGAAUGAUCACGUCGCUGACGCUGAAGUCGAAAGAUGCACAAAGUAAGCUCACGCGGCCGGACGAAGGACCGGCCCACAAGGCGCUGCUGCUGCUGAUGGUACGGUUGAUUCACGCCGAUCCGAUGCUACUGUUGAACAGCCUGGGUAAGGCGGGCCACGAGGUACAAAGCUCGACCCUCGAGCUGAUCAAUGGCCUAGUGUCGCUCGUCCAUCAGCCCACCAUGCCCGAUGUGGCGCAGGAAGCGAUGGAAGCGCUGCUGGCGCUCCACUCGCCAGACAAGAUCGAGGUGUGGAACCCGGAGGCACCGAUCAACACGUUCUGGGACGUAAGCUCGCAGGUCCUGUUUUCAAUCUCCCAAAAACUGAUCCAACAUCAGAUCGCCAACUACACGGACGUGCUAAAGUGGCUGCGAGAGAUACUGAUCUGUCGCAACACGUUCCUGCAGCGGCACAAGGACUACGCCAACGUUGGCAGCCAGAUCGCCAUCUGCCGGCAGGCGCAUAUCAAGCUGGAGGUGGUGUUUUUCAUGUACCUCUGGUCGGUCGAUUUGGACGCGGUCAUGGUGUCACUUUCCUGCUUCGGGCUGCUCUGCGAGGAAGCUGAGAUCCGGUCCGGGUCGGACGAGCUCACGGUGGGCUUUAUCCUGCCCAACUAUCACCUCUACCAGGAGCUGUCGCACACCUCGGCCACGCUCACCUCGCCACAGAAUGCGGAAUCACGGUACAGUUUCUUCGAGCACACGCACGGCAGGGCCACGUUGCAGCGCAAUAUUAUGUCGCUGUUGCGCAAGAUUGAGCACUGCGUCAACGGUGUGCAGCCGGCCUGGGAGGAAACGUUCCGCAACUGGGAGGUCACCAGCAAGCUGCUGCAGAACUACCCCAAGGGCAAACCGGAGGAGGGCCAGGCAGAAGUGUUUCACCGCAGCAUGGGCAAGCGAAGGGCUAGCCACCAGAGCUCGGAGCACGAUCUGGAGGAACAGAUCACCGAGUGGGCCAACAUGACGUGGUUUCUGCUUGCCCUCGGUGGUGUCUGUCUGCAGAAACCUCGCAACCAACGGCAGGUGCAGCAGGGCUACAGUCUACCAAUCGGAACGCCGGGCCCCUCGUUGAUGCAAUCAACCACCUCGCUGUCGGGUUCCAGUUCCAGUUCGGGCCGUGGUUCGAUGCAUCCGAUCAUGGGUUCGCUCGUAUCAUCGAUAGGCCCCGGUAGCAGCCAGGAGGUGCAGUACUGUCCCGUGACCCAAUUCAUUGGCCAACUGUUGCGUUUGCUGGUGUGCAACAAUGAAAAGUUUGGCCCACAAAUUCAAAAACACGUCAAAGAGCUCGUCGGGCAGGAGAUGUCCGCCCAGCUGUACCCGAUUCUGUUCGAUCAGAUUCGAUCGAUCGUGGAAAAGUUCUUCGAUCAGCAGGGCCAAGUGGUGGUGACGGACAUUAACACACAGUUCAUCGAGCACACGAUCUACAUCAUGAAGUCGGUGCUGGACGGGCGCCAGAGCAAAGAUCAGAACGAUCAGCCGGCGAACGCGGAACACCUGGGGGUGACGAGCAUCGAGAAUCUGAUGCUCGCGAUCGUACGCUAUGUGCGGCACCUCGACAUGACGGUGCACGCGAUCCACAUCAAGACGAAGCUCUGCCAGCUGGUGGAGGUGAUGAUGAAGCGUCGCGACGAUCUGGCCUUCCGGCAGGAGAUGAAAUUCCGGAACAAGUUGGUCGAAUACUUGACGGACUGGGUGAUGGGCACUUCCCAUCAGAUUGCCCCUCCCGGAUCGGGCGAUGUUACGAUCAUUACGCGCGAUUUGGACCAAGCGUGCAUGGAGGCGGUGGCGGCGCUACUGCGCGGACUUCCACUACAGCCGGAGGAAUCGGAUCGGGGCGAUCUGAUGGAUGCGAAGAGUGCACUGUUUCUCAAAUACUUUACCCUUUUCAUGAAUCUGCUGAACGAUUGUGUGGACGGUUCGGAGGCGGACAAGGAUACGAACAAUCCCCCGCUAAUGCCGCCGAGGCCGCGUGUCGCAGCCGGCAAGCUGACAGCCUUGCGGAACGCCACCAUUCAGGCGAUGUCGAAUCUUCUCAGUGCCAACAUUGACUCGGGCCUGAUGCACUCGAUCGAUCUGGGCUACAAUCCGGAUCUGCAGACGCGAGCAGCGUUCAUGGAGGUGCUGACGCAGAUUCUCCAGCAGGGUACCGAGUUCGAUACGCUUGCCGAAUCGGUGAUGGCCGAUCGGUUCGAGCAGCUCGUUCAGCUGGUGACGAUGAUCAGCGACAAGGGGGAGCUACCGAUCGCGAUGGCACUAGCUUCCGUAGUGACGACCUCGCAGAUGGAUGAAUUGGCUCGCGUGCUCGUAACGUUGUUCGAUGCGAAGCACCUGCUCUCGCCACUGCUGUGGAACAUGUUCUACCGCGAGGUCGAGGUGUCGGACUGCAUGCAGACACUGUUCCGGGGGAACUCACUGGGCAGCAAAAUCAUGGCGUUCUGCUUUAAGAUCUAUGGCGCAAGCUACCUGCAGGGUUUGCUGGAACCCCUGAUAAGGCCACUGCUGGAAGAACCGACCAGCAGUUUCGAGGUUGACCCGGCCCGGCUGGAGCCCAGCGAAGACAUCGAGGUGAACCGGAAGAACCUGAUCGCCCUCACGCAGAAGGUGUUCGAUGCGAUCGUCAACUCGGCCGAUCGCUUCCCACCGCAGCUACGCUCGAUGUGCCACUGUCUGUAUCAGGUGCUAAGCAAACGGUUCCCAAAUCUUCUGCAAAACAAUAUCGGCGCCGUUGGGACCGUAAUCUUUUUGCGCUUCAUCAAUCCGGCGAUCGUAUCCCCGCAGGAGCUGGGGAUCGUGGGGAAACAGGUUCCGACUCAGAUCAAGCGUGGCCUGAUGUUGAUGUCGAAGAUUUUGCAAAACAUCGCCAACCACGUGGAGUUCUCCAAAGAGCAGCACAUGCUGUGUUUUAAUGACUUUCUCCGGGCGCACUUUGAAGCGGGUCGGCGGUUCUUCAUCCAGAUUGCAUCCGACUGUGAAACGGUCGAUCAGACGUCGCACAGCAUGAGCUUCAUCUCCGACGCGAACGUCCUGGCCCUACACCGGUUGCUCUGGUCGCACCAGGAGCGAAUCGGUGACUACCUUUCGAGCAGCCGCGAUCACAAGGCCGUCGGUAGGCGCCCGUUCGAUAAGAUGGCGACCCUGCUGGCGUAUCUCGGACCACCGGAACACAAGCCGGUCGACUCGCACCUGCUGUUCUCUUCGUACGCCCGCUGGAGCUCGAUCGACAUGUCGUCGACGAACUUCGAGGAAAUCAUGGUGAAGCACCAGAUGCACGAGAAGGAGGAAUUCAAGACGCUUAAAUCGAUGAACAUCUUCUAUCAGGCCGGCACGAGCAAGGCGGGCAAUCCCGUGUUCUACUACAUCGCACGCCGCUACAAGAUCGGCGAGACGAACGGUGAUCUGCUGAUCUAUCACGUGAUCCUCACGCUGAAACCAUUCUGUCACUCGCCGUUCGAGGUGGUGAUCGAUUUCACGCACACCUGCUCGGACAAUCGCUUCCGGACGGAGUUCCUGCAGAAAUGGUUCUACGUGCUUCCGGAGGUGGCGUAUGAAAACCUGUACGCCGCGUACAUCUACAACUGCAACUCGUGGGUCCGGGAGUACACCAAGUUUCACGAUCGCAUACUGGCCCCGCUCAAGGGCUGCCGGAAGCUGAUCUUUCUCGAUUCGCCUGCCAAACUGAACGACGUGAUCGAUCCGGAGCAGCAGAAGCUUCCGGGGGCGACCCUCUCGCUGGACGAAGAUCUGAAGGUGUUCAACAAUGCACUCAAGCUGAGCCACAAAGACACGAAGGUGGCAAUCAAGGUAGGACCGACGGCCCUACAGAUCACCUCCGCCGAGAAGACGAAGGUGUUGGCCCACUCGGUCCUGCUGAACGAUGUGUACUACGCGUCGGAGAUCGAGGAAGUGUGCUUGGUUGACGAUAACCAGUUUACACUUUCGAUCGCCAACGAAAGUUCGCAGCUCAGCUUCAUCCACAACGAUUGCGACAAUAUCGUGCAAGCGAUCAUACAUAUCCGCAACCGGUGGGAGCUCAGCCAGCCCGACUCGGUCACGGUGCACCAGAAGAUUCGCCCGAAAGAUGUGCCGGGGACGCUGCUCAACAUGGCGCUCCUGAAUCUCGGUUCGUCCGAUCCGAACCUGCGGACGGCGGCCUACAAUCAACUGUGUGCACUGACCGCCACGUUCGAUCUAAAGAUCGAGGGCCAGCUGCUGGAAACACAGGGUCUGUGCAUCCCGUCGAACAAUACGAUCUUCAUCAAAUCGGUCAGCGAAACGUUGGCCACCAACGAGCCCCACUUGACGCUCGAGUUUCUCGAGGAGUGCAUCCAGGGCUUUCAGCGCAGUACGAUCGAGCUGAAGCACUUGUGUCUCGAGUACAUGACACCGUGGUUGGCGAACUUGGUGCGCUUCUGCAAACCAUCGGACGAGGGCAAACGGCAGAAGCAGGUGGCCCUGAUUCUCGAAAAGCUGAUUAAUCUGACGAUCGAGCAGAAGGAGAUGUAUCCGUCGAUUCAGGCGAAAAUCUGGGGCUCGAUCGGACAGAUCCCGGAGCUGAUCGAUAUGGUGUUGGACAAUUUCAUCCACAAGAGCGUCAGCUCGGGGCUCGGCUCGCCGCAGGUCGAAAUUAUGGCCGACACGGCGGUGGCUCUCGCGUCCGCCAACGUGCAGCUCGUGGCGAAGAAGGUGAUCGGCCGGUUAUGCCGCGUGAUGGACAAAACGUGCCACUCGCCAACGCAGUACCUGGAGCAGCACAUGAUGUGGGACGAUAUUGCGAUCCUCGCCCGUUACCUGCUGAUGCUGUCGUUCAACAACUGUCUGGACGUGGCCCGCCACCUACCGUACUUGUUCCACACCGUCACGUUUCUCGUCUGCACGGGCUCACUGUCGAUGCGUGCCUCAACCCACGGGCUGGUGAUCAACAUCAUCCACUCGCUCUGCACUUGCACCAAACCAUCGUUCUCGGAGGAAACACAGCGCGUGCUGCGCCUGUCGCUGGACGAAUUCUCCCUACCCAAGUUUUACCUGCUGUUCGGUAUCAGCAAGGUCAAGUCGGCCGCCGUCACCGCGUUCCGGUCAUCGUGUCGCCACCCGAACGACCGGUGGCUGGGCAAUGAGCGUGUUUCGCAGGCACCACCGGCCGAUCGGGAACGUUUAACGUUACCGUCGCUGGAGGUGAUCACCGAAGCGCUGCUGGAAAUUAUGGAAGCGUGCAUGCGCGACAUUCCGGACUGCGACUGGCUCCAGACGUGGACCUCGUUGGCGAAGAGCUUUGCGUUCUGCUUCAACCCGGCCCUGCAACCCCGGGCACUGAUCGUUUUCGGGUGCAUCUCGAAGAGCAUCACCGAUCAGGACGUAAAACAGUUGCUGCGCAUUCUCGUCAAAGCGCUCGAGUCUUUCAACGACAUUAUUCUGCUCGAGGCGCUUGUCAUGUGUCUGACGCGUUUGCAGCCACUGCUACGCCCGGAAUCGCCCAUCCAUCGGGCACUGUUCUGGGUGGCCGUCAGCGUGCUGCAGCUCGACGAAUCGACCCUGUACGCGGCCGGGCUGGCACUGCUCGAGCAGAACCUGCACACCCUGAACUCGCAGCAGCUGUUCGACAACCAGAACAUUGCCGACGUUAUGAUGGCGACGCGGGAACCCCUCGAGUGGCACUUCAAGCAGCUCGAUCAUGCCGUCGGUCUGUCGUUUAAGUCGAACUUUCACUUUGCGCUCGUUGGCCACCUGCUGAAGGGUUUCCGCCACCCGACGCCGACGACCGUAUCGCGCACGUCCCGCGUGCUGACGAUGCUACUGGGCAUCAUUGCGAAACCACAUCGGCGCGACAAGUUUGAAGUGACCCCCGACAGUGUGGCCUAUUUGACGGCGCUGGUCUGCUUCUCGGAGGAGGUGCGUUCGAGGUGUCACGUGAAACACACCGUUCCUCGGUGGCCGGUAGAAUCGGGAGGAUCGGGUGAUUCGGGCAGUGGCAGCAGCAGCGAUCCCUCGGCCCCGAACUCGGCCGGUGGAGGGCCACUGUCCGGUGGCAGUGGUGUCGGUGGCUCGACCGGCUCCGCUGGCCACGGCGUACGGCGACAAAAGUCGUGGGACAUGCUGGACCAAUCGGCCAUCCAGUUCGCUCGCCAAUCGCACAAAGCGCAACAGCAUCAGGAACCGGUGGUUAUCAGAGGAAAAUCUUGGAGAAGUCUCGAUUCGGCGCAAAAUCCGCACCUGGGAAUGAUCAGUCAUUCCUCUUUCGUUACUCACGGUCCUUCCAACAACAUCAUCAUCAACCACAGCAACACUACCGCUACAACUACUACCACAACAGGCAACAGCACUAACAACAACAACAGCACUAACAACAUGAGCAGCAACACUAACAUUCCUACCAAUGCUAGUAAUACUUCCAUUACCACUACCGGAGCGUACCAAAGCCAGCGGAUCGAUUUCCGGAAUCGUCGCUCCUCCUCCGAACCCGUCAACCACGGCCAGAUGAUGCUGAUCAAUCCCAACGUGGCCAAACUGAUCGCUCUCAAUCAGGGGCACACGCCCAGCUACGGGUACGGUGCCGCUGGUGGUGGCACUGGCGCAGUGGCCGGUACCAUCACUGGCUGCGCUUAUGUUGCGCAACAGCAAGCGACCCCCCACGGGUAUGCGGCCGCGUCGCCACUGCCACCACCAACACCGGCACCGCCCGUACCGACUCUGGCCCCGGUUCCGGCGGGUUCGACCGGGGACGAUGAGCCCGGCGCUAAGGGGACAAAGGACGAACCCGAGAACUUUAUCGUCGACUGCUUGCAAGACAUAUCAUCGAUCAAAAUUGCACGAAUGCUCUUCAAAACCCACCGCUCCUUCUCCGUACCGACGACCAAAGAACGUCCGGUUAAGUCACCGCGGAUUGACGAUCGCCACAAGGAACGUGGUUCACGGUCGUCCGUUUCGAACGAAUCCAACGUGCUGCUCGAUCCGGAAGUUUUACCUGACUCGUCCACCCAAGCACUGGUGCUGACCGUACUGGCAACCCUGGUGAAGUACACGACCGAUGAGGCAGAAACCCGUGUCCUGUACCAGUACCUUGCGGAGGGUUCGAUCGUGUUUCCGAAAGUAUUUCCUGUAAUCCACUCGCUGUUGGACCAGAAGGUGAACAAUGUCCUAUCGGUGUCCAACGAUCAGAUCGUGCUGGCGUCGGUGCAGAGCAUCAUACAGAAUAUGCUGGCCAGCGAGGACGCCAGUCAGCAACCGUUGCACUUUCUCCAGAGCUGCGGCUUCGGUGGACUGUGGCGCUUUGCUGGCCCCUUCACCAAGUACAACAUGAUGGUGGAGUCGUCCGAGCUGUUCGUCAACUUCCUCGAGGCGAUGGUCGAGACGUGCCUGCCGGUGGAGGAGAGCACGCCGAUGCCGCCAUCACCACGUCCGUACAAUCUCAGCUCCAGCCUGAGCAGCCUUACUCUCGGCUCGCCGACCGACAAAGCGUUCUCAUCAGAAUCCUUAGAUCACGACGGCUUUAGUGGUAGCGUCAGUUCUUUACGCCGGGCGUCCUGCAGUAAGGCGCGCACGACAGGCUCCAAGCACCGUUUCAUAGACAGCCCGACGCACAAUAUUUAGUUGGAAGUUUGGUGGAGUGCCGGCGGUGGUCGAUUGUUGCCAACCCUCGCUCCCGUGGGAAGUCACCGACGGCAACCGGCGGCCAGCGAGCGGCCACGUAAGCCACCGACGGUCGGCGCCCCUGACGAAAGCCGUCCCGGAUAACGGAAGCACAGAGCGGGGCGCCAACGGACACAUACCACUGGCCAACAAGAAAAACCGCCAAGAGCAAUUGACCUAUUACUUAGUACUUAGAUCAUAGUUGCACACUGAGAAAUCCAAAUCUUUCGGUGUGUCCUCUUACCACGCACAUUAGUAGUAAAUAACUCACCUUUUUGCUGCCAUGCCAUGUUAUAUCGUAUAUUUAUUGUCCUUUCGGCGGGAUUGGCGUACCGAAAAGGGGGAAUGCAUUGUUACCAAGGAAGCCAAAGGGGGGAGGCGGCGGGGAACCAGAACUGAAAUUGUUAAACUAUGUUAUUUGAGCCUCUGGCUAACAAAAAUCAGGAAAGCAAAGAGCAACCAUGUUUAGAAAUCUUACAGUACCAUAAAUGUUGACUCAUGUUUGAUGAACUACGUCACACAAGCACAAGCAUUGGUAGGUUUUUGAGCUAGCAAAUACGAUUGGUGUUGAUUUCGUGUUCUCAGCUUAAGAUAGAAGAAACAAAACACAUAUGCGCACACAUUUUUGGCCACGAUCAUCGUACGAGGGACGGGGGUUGUUUGCUUCAACGAGCAAGGCUGAAUGAAUCACAUUUAACAAGAUAGUAGAAACAUACGAAAAACUCGCAACAACAACGAAUCCCAACCCAACAGCCCUGAAUCGGCUCGCAAAUUUGUAACGAAUCGAACAGCACACUAUUUGAAAUCGAAAUAUAUUUCGCUAGAAGGAUUUUAAAUUUAAAGCAAUGUUUAGAGACUGUGGUCGCGCGCGUGCCACUUGCAUUAAAUGUAUAUUUUAU